AUGAGCCAAGCAACCCCCCCUUCGACCAACACUCCGUCGUCCGCAGCAACUCCCAAAGCCCGGCCGUUGGCUUCCAAAAAGCGAAAGGCAGAGGCAGAGACGAACAUGAGCAACAUCAGCGAUUACUCCCAUCUCGGCGGCUCCCCCGAGUAUAGCCAUCUCACCUUCGCCUGCAACGGCCACGAGUUCAAUGUCCACAAGGCCGUCGUCUUGCCCCAUUCCGCCGUCCUCAGGGCCGCCGUCCAGGGCAGGUUCCUCGAGGCCCAGACCAAUGUGGUUUUCAUGGAUGGCUUCUCGCCUCGCACGGUCCGCCAACGCAUGAGAGAGCACAUGCACGUCAACGCCAUUGCCGACUACUACGGUAUCCCCGCGCUCGAGAAGCUGGCAAACGACAACCUCCGCGCCAUCAUCCAACCCUGCGUCGCCAAAGAGAACCAGUCCUGGUUCCCCGUCGCACAGCAAAUAAAGACCCGUCGCUCGUGA